AUGCACGAGUUCAAAUUUUGCGUGAUUCAAUACGCUUCGCAAGGUCGUUAUGAAGUAGCGGUACCCCUCUGCAAACAAGCUCUUGAGGAUUUAGAGAAAACUAGCGGUCAUGACCAUCCUGAUGUGGCUACGAUGCUAAACAUACUUGCUUUGGUGUACAGAGACCAAAAUAAGUAUAAGGAAGCUGCUAAUCUUCUUAAUGAAGCACUAGCCAUCAGGGAAAAGUGUUUGGGAGAGAACCACUCUGCUGUGGCUGCUACGCUGAACAAUUUGGCAGUUCUUUAUGGCAAACGUGGAAAGUUCAAGGAUGCGGAGCCACUUUGCAAACGUGCUUUGGAAAUCAGGGAGAAGGUGCUUGGGCACGAUAAUCCUGAUGUUGCCAAACAACUCAAUAACCUGGCCUUGCUGUGUCAGAAUCAGGGCAAAUACGAAGAAGUGGAGAAGUAUUACAAGUUAGUGACGUUGAAAAUUCAUAUAAUGAGAACUAAUUAUAUUAGGAGGUCUGAAAGUGUUAUAACUAACAAACGUACUCAUAGCUGUUUUAAAUAAAU